UGGGUGAUGAAGUUAGGCAGGAUUUUUUUCUCUCACUCUUUGCACAAUUGUGCAAUUAUUCAGGAGGGCUUUUUUUGCACAGAGGAGGAGAAGCCGGGCAGUGGCCCGCUGGGAAGAUUGACAGCUUCCCCUUUGGUGCUCAGCUGCUGCCACGGGACCUUGGGGAGCACCAGUCUAAAGAGGAAGAAGGUGGUGACAGACGGACGGUGCUGGGCCUAGAGGCGUAAAUCUCACUGGGUUGUUGGGCACCGUGAAGGAGAACUGCGCACAAGGACACCUCCUCUCGGCUACAGCUGCCUGCGUUAGCUUCGGACCAUGGGCAAUGGCAUGAACAAGGUCCUGCCUGGACUUUACCUCGGGAACUUCGUAGAUGCCAAAGAUUUGGACCAGCUGAGCCGAAACGACAUCACUCACAUCCUCUCCAUUCAUGAAUCCCCGCAGCCGUUUAUUCCGGGAAUUACCUACCUUCGAAUUGCUCUGCCAGACAUGCCAGAGGCUAACAUCAAGAAGCACUUUAAAGAAUGCAUUCAUUUUAUCCACUCCUGUCGCCUGCGUGGAGGAAACUGCCUCGUGCAUUGCCUUGCCGGGAUCUCUCGCAGCACGACGAUCGUCCUCGUCUAUGUCAUGGCGGUGACGCAGCUGACCUGGCACGAGGCACUGGAAGCUGUCAAGGCAGUGCGCCCAGUCGCCAACCCCAACCUUGGAUUCCGUCAGCAGCUGGAGGAGUAUGGGAAGAGCAGGUCUGCGCAGAAGAUCCACCGGCAGCUUGAGCGCAAGUACGGACCAGGCCCGUUCAACGACGAGGAGGAGAUCCGAGCCUUGCUCCCGGAUAGCAAAAGGCAGGAUGGCGAUGUGCCUCAACAGAGGCUGGUGCCAAAGAGCCAAAGCACCAAGCACACGGAGCCCUUUCUGCAACGGCUAAAGCAGACUUUCUCCUGCCUCCCUGGAUGUCUGAAAUGAGCCUCUCUCAGGCACGCUGGGAAAGCACUGAGUUUAAGCACAUUGGACUGGCCAGAGCUCAAACCUAGCAAGGAAUGUGCUUGCCGCUGGAACCACGUGAGGAAAAUUUAAGUGGUAGUGGACACUGCAGUCAAGAGAGAGGGAAAUAUCCACGGGUGACAAGCUGUGCCUUGGUUGCAUUCACCUGUGGAAUGGAAGCAAGGGUUAGAAGAAGAGGGGCCCAGGAAGCGCUCUGCAGAUGCUAACGGCCCUCGGAUUCAUUUCUGACCAGAAGGGCCAUGAGAAAUGGCUUGUCCUGCAGUAUUCGUCGAUGCCGCCUCUGGGACUUGCACCCGUCUGCUGAUCAAAGACUUCCCAGCGUAGGUUCUUUGGCAGGAGAACAAGGAUUCUUCAGUUAAUUGUUGCAUAGAAUUGGAGAGGGCGGGGGGGGGGAUUUAAAAAACAAGAAAGGCUGACAGAGAAGGUUUUUGCACAGUUAAAUGAUUUUUCUAUCUGAGGGCACAUCAGGUCUUCUUGUGUGCAUGCGCAGAUGUGAAAUAAGAGCCUGCAUUGUAAAAAUAGGCAAAUCAGUCGAAAGAAAAUGGGGAGGGGUGCCAGCUUCAUAAUGGGUGGACGCUCCAGUUGCCUUUUAAUAUUUGCCCCAGUGAAAGAAUUCUAGCUAGUGUAGAGCCCUAGAGUAGUGGGACAACGUUGAGAGAAGUUUCAUCUGCCAAGAUUCUCCUUCCUGCCCAACUAUUAAAGAUUUAGGUGUCUGAAGACAGGAGCUCUGUUGCACCCUGAAAAUCCUGUUGGUCUCUAAAGUUCCCCUGGACUCAAAUCCUGCUUUUCUACAGCAGAGCAACACGGCUGCCUACCUAAAAAGAUGCCCAAGCACUGGCCACCAAUCUGCUCUUUGAACAGGUGAGAGAUUGCAGACUGGGAAGGACAAUAGGAGCAUAGUGCAUUCCCUCAGCACGGAGAAGGAAAAGGAGUUCUAGCCUUUCCCUACUGAACUGACAGAUGCAGUCGGUGGGAAGAGGGGCUUUUAAAAUGCCUCCAUACAGGGCCUUUUUUCUGGGGAAAGAGGUGGUGGAACUCAGUGGGUUGCCCUCGGAAAAAAUG